AUGACGAUGCGAGUCUCAGCAGCACUCAUGGAUCUUCCUGCCCCAGAGAUCAACCCUGUUCAUCCCCAAAACAUUCACGAGGGCGAUAUAUUUGACCACAAAGGCAUCUCUGACCUGCCACGCCACCCUGAGCUUAUGGCUAACAAUCUCCCUUGGGAAAGUCGUCAAAACCCAGCACAACUUGAGGAAGAGGCAGGUUGGGCAAAUUCCAGAAUCACAGAAAUGAUCCAGCAAAGUGCCGGUGCGGAGCUAGCUUCAAAUCGAACUCGAUCUGGUCGUCGUGUCAAUCAGCCAGCUGUCCCAGAUGCGAAUUCCAUGACAACCAAUGGGCUAGCUGCACCUGUCAAAGCAAAAACAAAGAAGAGGAAGCGUCAAACCCGCCAGGUGAACAUAAUUUGCACGGGUUGCUAUCGAGGAAAUAGCCCCUCGAACAAUUUUAUUGUUCUCUGUGAUACAUGUGAUGCUCCAUGGCAUCAGAAAUGUCAUAGUCCGAAUAUUGAGAACGAGGUCAUUGAGAUUCCGGAGAUGCAAUGGUUUUGCAUCAAGUGUAAGCCUGCUCAACGCCAGCCGAGCCAGACCAAAUCUCAAAAGAAGGCUGCAGUCAUAGGGCAAAAGGCUGGACGCCCAAAGAAGCACCCUGUGUCUACACAAGAAGUUGGUGGAAAUUACUAUUCAGAAGAAGAGAGACGGGCAUAUCUGUCGUCCCUUUCACACGAUGCACUGGUGCAGCUCAUAUUGAAAGUCUCAAACAAAUGGCCCUCUGUCCCCAUGUUUCCACCUAACAUGGAACCCGUGACUGAUUUCACUCCAUCACUUCCAGCGGCGCCACACAAUCAGCGGACUUCAAAUCCCGCAUUGAAUACAAUCUCUGAUUCUGCAUUCAUUGAGAGAGCAAACAUAUCUUUGAAUCCCUAUGCCAUGGAUUCGACUACCACUGCCCCGGAGUCCACUGGCCCGGAAGCCCAUCAACUCUUGACUGAAUUGCUCUCCGAAUCUGCUCCCAUUCCUUCUCUACCAGAGCCUCUUGGAGAUCUAAAUACCCAUCAGGAGUUGACUGCAACUUCACAUGGAUACCCAGCAACAAUUGCCCCCAUGUCUUCUGUUGCGACGGCGUUGCAGCACCCCUCGGAGACUGUGCUCAAGUCUACAUCUCAAGCUGCGAACACAGCUCAACCUGCCCGCAAGGCUUCUCUCGUUUCUUGGAACUCUGACCUGCUUACCGAUGACGAAUCAUCUUAUUCUCAAUCGCGCCCACAGUCUCUUACCCCAUUUGCGUCUCGAUCCUCACAAAUCGGAUCCUAUCAUGGAUCGGAGUUUGAUGCUGAAGAUUACCGCGCCUACCCUGAGCCUGGUCAGGGAUUUCGUGUGCCGUCGACCCCGAGUGAUCUUGACAUACUCGCCGAGGAUAAAGAUUGCCCUACCUUCAGUCAUUCGAUUAGAGCAGUCAAGAAAGCUCAGAACAAGAAGCCUCUUUCGCCCUUGGGUCAACGCAAAAAGGGUCUUUGA